AUGGCUCCUCCCCGCAGAGCCUUGAUCGCCAUCACAUCGGCGCACGCGCCGCUGUACGCUGAUGGCAAGGAAACCGGUCUAUUCAUCACCGAAGCCCUGCACCCCUUCAACGUCUUCAAAGAGGCCGGCUUCGAAGUCGACCUGGUCUCAGAGACGGGAACGUACCAGCCCGACUGGCUGAGCCAACAAAACGAGUGGCUACCGGACGAAGACCGCAAAGUGUGGGAAGACCCCAACAGCGAGUUCCGCAGCAAGCUCGACAAGCUGCUCAAGCCAACAGACGUGAGCUGGAAGGACUACGGCAUCUUCUUCGCCUCCGCCGGGCACGCCUCCCUCAUCGACUACCCCACCGCCACGGGCCUCCAAUCCCUCGCCUCCCACAUCUACACGUCCGGCAACGGCGUCCUCUCCGCCGUCUGCCACGGCGCCGCCAUCUUCCCCGGCGUCCUCGACGACGCGACGUCCCGGACGCCCAUCAUCGCCGGCAAGCGCGUCACCGGCUUCACGACCGAAGGGGAGAAGGAGCUGGGCGUGCUCGACACGAUCGGAGGGAGCUGGGGGCGCAAGACGGUCGAGCAGGCCGCGGCCGAGGCGGGCGCGACGUAUGUGGGGCCGCCGCGGCCGUUCGAGGCCUUCGCCGUGACGGACGGGCGGGUGGUGACGGGGGCGAAUCCGGCGAGCGCGCGGAUGACGGCCGAGGAGGCGCUGAAGGCGUGGGAGUUGGUCGCGUUGAGGGAUGCGGCUGUUUGA